AUGAAGUACGGCUUUGCACAACUCGUCAGCAUUCCGCGCUGUCAGAAGUCAACUAAGAAGGCAUUUUCAAUCUCUACACUCUACCGUUUCUGUUGCAGCAGCGUAACCAUGUCGACACUGAACCAACAACGAAAAGUAGUGGAACAACUGCGCCUAGAGGCUGGGAUUCACCGUCGUCCUGUGUCUGAGUGCAUUCGCGACAUGAUUGGCUUCAUCGAGCAGUACCGCGACAAGGACUGUCUGGUGAACGGCGAAACCCCACUCCCCUCCGCGUCCCCCUACUACUACUUCUUCUUCCUCUUCCUCUUCUCCUUCUUUGACUUCUCUGUGUAUAAAGAAACUAAAUGGGCGGUCGAGGACGUAAUUCUACUUCGAGGCGUUGCCAGAAAAAUUGCCAAAAGCGCAAUACUAAAGGCGAGUCUGGCGCAAAAGCUGGAUGUCACUGGCACUCAGCCGAAGUAUUUUGUCUCAGCGCCGGUGGCUGUGAUACCAGGGGCGUCUGGCGUCCAUCUACGACGCUUUGAUCUCAAAAUCUCAGCAAGUUCGUUGUGCACCGAAGACCAUCGUCAAUGCCUUCCUCACACCGUAGGAGUGCCUGUCGAUUGUCUGAUUGUGCAUGGGCGAAUCGCAGUGGUGACCGCUAUCCUCACGGUAUCCUCAGAAACCAAUCAUUGUCUGACGAUGAUGGCGAACCAGCUCGACUUGAGACGUUGCCUGUCCCUCCCACAUCUUCACCAACACGAACUCUAUAGGUGUUGGCAUUGGCAACCAGACAACAAAAUGGCACUUGAAGUGACGCUGACGUCGGUGGUGGCAGCAAUUGUGGUGUGGGCCGUUCAGGUGGAGAACGGUGGUGUCCUCAAUACUGUCUUCAAAGUUGUGUCAAACUCGCCAACUGGAACGGUGGAAUUUGACGUGUCGGACGACGUGGUGCAAUCGAACAUUGAUUACAUCAUGUCAACGCUGCUACUGAAGCCGAUUUCCUUGCCCGUGCUGGAGGCAAUGCCCGAGAGUCUGGGAGGUGGGGCGUCUGGUGUGGCCAACGCCCACGCCCACCCCAACCGCGAGCCCAACAUCUUCUGGACCACAGUCGCACUCUAUGUGCUCAUCGUUUUCUUGAUUAUCGCAAUCCAAGUGAUUAACUGUUGUUGCUGUUGCUGCAGUGGUGGUGGUGGUGAUGACGAAACAGGAGUACGUUGGCACUAUUCAAAUUUUGAGUUUAGAAUUGCACCGCCCUAUAUUAUCUUGAGUCAAUUUUUUGAUGUGUAUGGAAAGAUGAAUCCCUUGCAAAUGACUGCGUUGCGUAGCGAAUUCGGACACAAGCAACUGGUGUGCCGCAUUACGUACAUCGCAGUCCUAGUAAUCACGCUGACCUUUCUGGCAGCCUGCAUCAUCCUCAUAUUCGUCUACUUCAGUAGCAUCGGUGUGCUGAUGAGCUAUUUGGAAGCCCACAACGGGAGUGCAGAGGAGACGAGUUCCAUCCAAAAUGGACUUCAGGCACUCACAACUCACGUGACACAGUUUAUGAAAACAGGCAUUGAAUCCGGACGCACACUGACCGAUAAUUCCCUAACCGAUUUCAUCAAGAAAACGAAUGCAGAAAUUUCAUCCGGACUCUCUGGUACGAUUGACAAUCUGCUGGUUUACCUGAGUGUUACGAAUGUUUUGACAAAAGGAGAGGAAACUGUUCAGGCGUUGAAAACGUUCUCUACGUAUGUGACUGGUGCAAGUACUUCGAUUGACACCUUGAAGAGUAAGGUUUCCACUCUUUGCAUAAAAAUGGAUGAAGCCCGUGAUGAAUUUAAGUAUGCAUUUGGAAAUGUCACUGAUUGUGACAAGCAGGACCAGUGCAAAAACCUGAAAGCAUUAACAUUAAAUCUACAUUGUCCAAUCGAUCUCAGUGCAAUCAACACAACAGUAAUGAAUACAUUUACAAGCGAACUACAAAAAACGGUAGCAGAUUUAGAAAAGAAAUUGGCAGAGGUUAAGCAGGCAAUCGAGGAAAUUAAAGCGUCAACAAGUCAAAUGGUUGAUUCAGUCGAGAAAAAACUUGACCUCAAAACGGUACUCGAUUCGAUCAACAAGUUUUGGAAUGACACCAGUGCACAGGUUGGUGGUGUGACCAAGAAUCUGGAAGACCUCUCCACCUCUGUGGACAAUGGACUUGCACAGUACUCGGGAUAUAUUCGCAUCGCGUUCAACGUAAUCGGAGGGUUCUUCAUAGUCAUGUUGGUCAUCGCAGCCCUCAUUGCUGCGCGUCUUCUUUACCGCGCUUUUCGAGAUCGACUCUACGCAGGCGCGGACACCGUGCUCACAUAUUCGCCCAGUAAUAAGUGGGACAAGAUCGUCUGCGGAAAGGGGUCGGUCUGCUGCUGUUCGGCGAUUUUCAUUCCAAUCCUGCUCAUCUUUGCAGCCCUCAUUGCAGUUCUGCUAUUUGCUUUGACGUCGGUAUCAGGCGAAGCCUGCAUUUACGUCACACGGGAAACAGGUGUGAAUAAGACUGACUUCGUGGUGGACGGAUUGUUGGCUCGGCGAUGGUCGUCACUUGUCGGUGGGUCGAUUGGAGGAGCCAACGACUUCCUCAACACCCCACCUCCCAAACACGUGCUCCACGCCCUCACCCAGAGCUGCCGUGGCAGCACAAAGCAGUCAUCCCGACGUGGCCUUCUCUCUGCUGUGGGAUACACCAAUCUGGUGGAUGUCUCGAAAUUGGUUAAAAGCCAGCAAGUGCUAAAUGGAAUUGCCGAAGGAAAGACGUACGUUCUUCAUGCUCUUGCUACGCGCCAAACACUCGUGGUGGUAUUGGUCGUUAUGGUUAUUCGUGAUGAGGUGAAGAAUCUUGACAUUCCGUCGAAACUACCCAAAGAAAAUGAUUUGGAUACAGCGAAAAAUGAACUUGAGCAAGCAAUAAACAGCUUUAAUUUAACUGCACUCAUCAACUCAACGAAUUCGAGUCUUCUGGACCCCGCACCGAUCGAUGCUCUCGCUGCUCAAGUGGAGGCUUUUGCUAGCAAUCAAACUUCAAAGGAUUCAUUCAAAAAGGGAAUCGAAGCCCUAAAGGACGCAGCCAAUCAAAUGAACGAACUCAAACCGCAGAUGGCAAGCACGCGCACUGACCUUGAGAACGUUGACAAACAAAAGAACAAAAUUUUGUCGCCUGUUGAGGGACUGGUUGGGGCUUUUAAAACAACCAUUCAAACUGCUGGUGAUGAUGCUAAAUUGACAGCUGAAGUUGAAAAGGAGUAUGACAAGGUGACCACAGAGCUGCUUGCCUUCAUGGAGAGGGACGGUGGCGUGGCAUUCUCGCGCCUCACCCAGGAACUCUUCCCCUGUGAGGAGGCCUACCAAGCAGUCAAUGUGGCACUGUCUGUGUCCUGUGGUGACGAGGGCGCCCUCAAUCGAUUCAUCGGUGUGGUCUACGUCCUGGCACUCACCGUCCUCUUCAUCUGCUUCUUCUACUUCUCCCUCUUCAACCUCGCCUUCAUGCAAGCCAUCCAGAUUCAUCGAUCAGAUGCUACUAUAGUGAAUAACAAUCCUCCCACUCUCGGUGGAUUAAAUGACGCGAGAUUCAGCGCCUUUGCGUUGAAGACGAGCAUAACAUACAACAAAAUGGCACUUGAAGUGACGCUGACGUCGGUGGUGGCAGCAAUUGUGGUGUGGGCCGUUCAGGUGGAGAACGGUGGUGUCCUCAAUACUGUCUUCAAAGUUGUGCCAACCACCUCGCCAUCAGGAACGGUGGAAUUUGACGUGUCGGACGACGUGGUGCAAUCGAACAUUGAUUACAUCAUGUCAACACUGCUAUUGAAGACGAUUUCCUUGCCCGUGCUAGAGGCAAUGCCCGAGAGUCUGGGAGGUGGGGCGUCUGGUGUGGCCAACGCCCACGCCCAC